AUGAAGGCUGCUAUCGGCUUAUCGCUGCUGCCCGUGCUGGCGACAGCUUCCCCGGUCUUGAACACCGGCUCUAUCCACAACGACGCUGCUCCCGUCAUCUCCUCGGUCAACUCCAAGGAGGUCCCCAACUCGUACAUCAUCAAGUUCAAGAGCCACGUCAAGCACGACGAUGCGACCGCUCAUCACACCUGGGUCCAGGAGAUCCACAGCUCGAGCGAGACCGAGCGGACCGAGCUGCGCAAGCGCUCGCAGUUCCCCAUCGUCGACGAGGUGUUCGAGGGCCUCAAGCACACCUACAACGUCGCCGGCGGCUUCCUCGGCUACUCCGGCCACUUCGAUGAGGAUGUCAUCGAGCAGAUUCGGAGACACCCCGAUGUCGAGUACGUCGAGAAGGACUCCGAGGUCCACACCAUGAAGGAUGACGACUACGAGGUCGAGAAGAACGCCCCCUGGGGUCUCGCCCGUAUCUCUCACCGUGAGAGCCUGAGCUUCGGCACCUUCAGCAAAUACUUGUACACUGCCGAUGGUGGAGAGGGUGUCGAUGUCUACGUUAUCGACACCGGCACCAACACCGAGCACGUCGACUUCGAGGGUCGCGCUCACUGGGGCAAGACCAUCCCUCAGGGCGAUGCCGAUGAGGAUGGAAACGGCCACGGCACCCACUGCUCUGGCACCGUCGCCGGCAAGAAGUACGGUGUUGCCAAGAAGGCCAACGUCUACGCCGUCAAGGUCCUCCGCUCCAACGGCUCCGGCACCAUGUCCGACGUCGUCAAGGGUGUUGAGUACGCUGCUGAGCAGCACGCUUCCAAGGUUGAAGCUGCCAAGUCCGGCAAGGGCAAGAAGGGCUUCAAGGGCUCCGCUGCCAACAUGAGUCUUGGCGGUGGCAAGUCCACCACUCUCGACCUCGCUGUCAACGCUGCUGUCGAUGCUGGUAUCCACUUCGCUGUUGCUGCCGGUAACGACAACGCCGACUCCUGCAGGUACUCGCCUGCUGGUGCCGAGAAGGCCGUCACUGUCGGAGCCUCGACUCUCGCUGACGAGCGUGCCUACUUCUCCAACUACGGCAAGUGCAACGACAUCUUCGCCCCCGGCCUCAACAUUCUGUCCACCUGGAUUGGCAGCAAGUACGCCACCAACAAGAUCUCGGGUACCUCGAUGGCCUCUCCCCACAUUGCUGGCCUUCUUGCCUACUUCCUGUCGCUUCAGCCUGCCUCUGACUCUGCCUACUCCGUUGCGGAGAUCACCCCCGCCAAGCUCAAGAAGCAGCUCAUCGCUGUCGCUACUGAGGAUGCUCUGAGCGAUGUUCCCAGCGAUACCACCAACCUCCUUGCCUGGAACGGCGGUGGCAAGUCCAACUACAGCGAGAUCGUCGCCGACGGUGGCUACAAGCUUACCUCCAAGGUCAUUGACAUCUCCCUGCCCUCGAUGGAGGAUGUUGAGGAGGAGGUCGAGAGCGUCAGCCGCAAGUUCUCCGCUGGCUCCGAGAAGCUCGAGUCCAAGAUCGAGAAGCUUGCUGAGAAGUUCGAGGACUUCGUCGCCGACGAGAUGGAGGACUUCCUUGAGGAGUUCAAGCGCCACCGCGCUGCUAAGCACGAGUCCAUGUAA